UAGCUGCUGGACCCCUUUCACUCAUGCUUGCCCGGUGUCGGACUCGGAAUGCUACAGUGGUAGAGAAACGUGGAGCGAGACUUUAAACUGCUCGCUGAAUCGUUUGCUAAAUCUAAUGUCACUUGACUCUAUUAUGAUUGAGAGGUUAGAGUGACCAUAGAAAAAAAAUGCAGGUUUCUAGCGUGAAUGACGUGAAGAUAUACAAUUUAAGUCACGGAAAAUCUCUACCAGAGUGGCUUUCUGACAGGAAGAAAAGGGCUUUGCAGAAGAAAGAUGUCGACGUCCAGCGCAGGAUCGAACUUAUCCAGGAUUUCGACAUGCCUACAGUGUGUACCUCCAUAAAGGUGUCCCGGGAUGGACAGUACAUUCUGGCAGCAGGCACCUACAAACCGAGAAUUCGCUGUUACGACACCUACCAGUUGUCCCUGAAGUUUGAAAGAUGUCUGGAUUCUGAUGUGGUGGCGUUCGACAUCCUCUCUGAUGACUACUCCAAGCUGGUGUUUCUGCGCUGCGAUCGUUACGUGGAGUUCCACUCCCAGCACGGGCACUACUACAAAACUCGCAUUCCCAAGUUCGGCCGGGACUUCUCCUACCACUACCCGUCAUGUGACCUGUACUUUGUGGGUGCCAGCUCUGAGGUUUACAGGCUGAACCUGGAGCAAGGCCGAUUCCUCAACUCCUUACAGACAGACGCAGUGGAGAACAAUGUGUGUGACAUCAACCCUGUGCAUCAGCUGUUUGCUACGGGAACAGCAGAGGGGAAGGUGGAAUGCUGGGAUCCUCGUACCCGGGGUCGGGUGGGGAUUCUGGACUGUGCGCUGAGCAGCGUGACGGAGGGGACUGAGGUGGAAGGCCUCCCGUCCAUCAGCGCGCUCAAGUUUAACGGAACCCUGAACAUGGCCGUGGGGACGAGCACCGGACAGGUGUUGCUGUACGAUCUGCGCUCCAGUUGCCCCCUGCUGGUUAAAGACCAUUACUACGGCCUGCCCAUCAAGUCCCUGAACUUCCAGAACCAGCUGGACCUGGUGCUGUCGGCAGACUCGAAGAUCAUCAAGAUCUGGAACCGAGACACGGGCAAAUUGUUUUCCUCAAUCGAACCAGAAACUGACGUCAAUGAUGUAUGCGUGUACCCAGACUCAGGAAUGCUGUUCACAGCCAAUGAAGGGCCCAAGAUGAACACGUUCUACAUGCCGGCCCUCGGCCCCGCCCCUCGCUGGUGUUCCUUCCUGGAUAACCUGACGGAGGAGCUGGAGGAGAGUCCGGAGAGCACCGUCUACGACGACUACAAAUUCGUCACCCGCAAGGACCUGGAGAACCUGGGUCUGUCUCACCUGGUGGGGUCUGCACUGCUGCGAGCCUACAUGCACGGCUUCUUCAUGGACAUUCGCCUCUACCACAAGGUGAAGACGAUGGCGAAUCCCUUCGCCUACGAGGAAUACCGCAAGGAUAAGAUCCGGCAGAAGAUCGAGGAGAAGCGAACUCAGAGAGUGCAGGUCAAGAAGUUGCCCAUGGUGAAUAAGGAGCUGGCCAUCAAGCUGAUGGAGGAGGGAGAUGAAGAGGAGCAUUCCAGCAGGAAGAAGAAGGGCAAGGCCGUAACCAGCAUCCUGAAUGACAACCGCUUCAAGGUGAUGUUUGAGAAUCCCGACUACCAGGUGGACGAGCAGAGCGAGGAGUUCCGUCUGCUCAACCCCAUCGUCUCCAAAGUGAGCCAGAAACGGCGCAAGAAGCUCCGCCUCCUGGAGAAGCAGGCCGCCGCCCAACAGAAGGAGGAGCAGGACGAGGAGGAGGAGGAGCCGGAGGGCCGGGCCAGCUCGGAGGAGAGCUCGGACGACGACAAGAGCUGGGUGGAGGAGGUGCGGGAGCAGCGGCGCCUCCUUCGGGUGGAGGAGCGGAGCCGCAAGCGGCAGGACAGGAAGCAGCAGGAUCGCGAGACCAGCCUGGAGAGCCAGAACCAGAACCAGAGCCAGAACCAGCCCCGCUUCUUCCAGAUCAAGGCUGGCGAGGAUUUCCGGAGCUUCGGGGACGUGGGCCGCAAGCAGAAGCUGCAGAAGGCCUCGUUGGAGGACCGUCUGAAGCUGGAGGAACAUUCCGGAGCCCUCAGCAUGGCCGAUUCGACGGUUGGCAGCAAGCAGCUCACCUUCACCCUCAAGAAGUCGGAGCAGCAGCGGCAGCAGCACAAGGCCGAGCGAGAGCACCUGGAGGAGAGGAAGAAGCUGAGGCGGUCUGCCGGACACCUGCAGACGCGCGGGAGGGGGCGGGGUCAGGGGCGGGGCCGGGGGCGGGGCUGGGGGAGGGGCCGGCACUGACUGGCAGGACCUGGGGGUGGUCACUGAGGGAAAGGGGCGGCGCCACAGUCAGGGAGUUUGUGUUAGCUCUGGUCCAAAGGACGCAGGCUUGUGUGUCUUUCCCCAUGUUUUAAAAUAACCUUUUGAUGAUAUUUAUAUUCCACCGGGUCAGGGAGGCCAUUUUGGAAACCUCCUCUCCAGGUUACGUAACAGGGGUGUUAUGCAUGUGUGUGUGUGUGUGUGUGUGUGUGUGUGCAUGUGCGUGUGUGUGUGUGUUCAGUGAGGGCAGGCUGUGUUCUGUUAGGACUAAAGUCAAGUCUCAUUUUCAAGUUUAUCUGAAUUAAUGAAUUUACCAGACCCCUUCAUGAGUAUUUCACUGAACAAAUUUACCUUGUCUGUGUGUGUGAGUGCGUGCGUUGUGUGUGCGUGUGUGUCCUUGUCUCGUGUGCGUCUCACUUGUCUAGCCUGUCAUUUCUCCUCAGUCACUGUAGUUCUGUGCAGAUAAACAGGUGUGCUUGACUGGGAUCAUAAAUGCUUUUUAAACACA